AUGGAGCACGCGUCGAACGGCACUUGUCUCUCAGGUGGAGAGGCAGUACCGCUGGGUUCGGGGUUUUCGUGUCCAGAGGGAUUCUACUGCCCUUGGGACAAUGAACACCGGCCGGUGUUUUGCCCUCCAUCGCCCGACUGUCUCCUAAGACGACUCCAAAGCAGUACAAACAUAUGCCUUGCACCUCAGGGCGAUUUCGAGCCAGUAAUAUGCCCACCAGGCUAUUACUGUCCACCUCCUGGUACACAACAGCUCAAGUGCUUAAGAGGAUACUUCUGCCCUUUGGGAACGGUGACGCCGUUCAAAUGCACCGCGUUGUCAAUCUGCGGCGAGGGCAGCUCCCACCAGACUCCUCUACUCGCAUUGGUGCUGUGUGUGCUACUUGACAUUCUGGUUUGUGGAAUAUGCAUCCUUUUUCGAUCUUCGUCACCUUCGCAGAAGGUGUUGCGAUAUCUUUGCUUCAAUCAGUCUCCGCCGAGUCUACCGGUCGAUGAGGGUGAAUACAGCAACGGUGCGGUAUGUUUGCAGCGACUUGAUGGCUUGUUUCCGUAUAAUACCACUGGAUUAUCCCUAGAUCUCACCUUCACCGGGAUCAAACUACGUCUGGGGCGCCCAGCGCGCGACAUUUUGUCUGAUGUGGACGGAGCCAUCAGGUCAGGUACGGUUUUUGGUAUUAUAGGAGCGUCUGGGUCUGGAAAAUCAAGUCUCGUAAACAUACUGUCCGGGAGAUCACGCCAAACACAAGGAGAAAUUGCGAUAAAUGGCCGCCCAAGUCAACUAGACGAUCUACGGAGCAUGAUCGGUUUCGUCCCCCAGCACGAUAUCGUUCCGACCGACCUCACGGUCCGCGAGAAUAUUCUCUACCCCGGCCGCGUGCUCCUGGGCGGACGGAUGCUCGCCCACGAGAUCGAAGGGUACGUCGACUCUCUAAUCUCCUCAUUGGGUCUGCAGCAUAUCCGCCAUCAGCAAGUCGGGUCUCUCGUGAAGCAAGGCAGCCGCGGUAUAUCCGGGGGCGAGUAUAAGCGGGCGAGUAUUGCCCUCGCUUUAGCUGGGGCUCCUGCAGCGUUGGUCCUUGAUGAGCCGACCUCUGGUCUUGAUGCGACAGCUGCGCAUUCGUUAAUGAAGUUGCUGCAUUUUAUUUCGCGAAGGGGGAUAAUAGUCAUUUGCGUGAUCCAUCAGCCGCGCGUGGAAAUCUUUGAUCUUCUGGAUGAUCUUCUUGUUCUGAAUGCCGGGAAGCAGAUGUACUUGGGACAGGCAGCUGAGGCGCAGUCAGUUUUCGAAAAGUUGGGACACAAAUUUCCUUUGGGCUCGAAUCCGGCGGAUGUCAUUCUUGACAUAUUCAUCAAUAAGCCUGAGAUCGGGGACGGGGGUCUGAAGGGCUCUUUAGAAGUCAUUCAGAGUCUCGAUAUUGCCGUUGCAGAUGACGACGUAAUCACGCUCCUGCAGACUCUCAAGGAACGAAAAGCAUCCUGGCUGCGUCAACUUUCGCUCGCUUUCCAGCGAAGCAUUAUCCAGCAGAGUCGACAGACAUCAGGCCUCGUAUUAGAGAUUGGAUCGAGUUCCAUCGUCGGUCUCUUGGUUGGGUUGUCGGCCUUCGAGUCCAGAGGACACCUCUUUCAGGGUCUGUAUCACGAUCCAUUUGACCUGCUUUCGAGUGCGGUUGAUUAUCGGACGGUGGUUGAGCAGGCUCUCUUGUGUUGCAUCGCGAUUUCCUGCGCAGCCGGCCCAGCCGGUGUCAAAGUUUUCGGGGAAGGGAAGGCAAUCUUUCAUCGAGAAUCACAAUCCGGUCACUCGCGCAGCGCCUACUUCCUGGGAAAUAACCUCGCAGUGUGCUUCCGAAUCCUUCUAUCCUCCCUGCACUUCACCGCAUUCUACCUCCUCCUUGCAGUCCCUAUGAUCUCGCUGCGCCUCCAGCUCGCACUUGUCUUUCUACACUACUAUUGUAUAUAUGGCCUCGGCUUUAUUGUAUCAGCCCUCGUCAGCCGUGAGGACGGCCCCCUCCUCUGUAUGCUCCUAAGCCUCAUCACCUCGGCUCUGAGUGGAAGUGCACCGCGGCUAUCUACCGUACGCGAUUGGCAUCUGGGAUGGUUCUGGUAUGCGUGGCCAGCGGUUCCUCAUCCUGAUCGGGACCGCAUACCGACUGCUAUCCUAUACCCUCUUCGUCCUCUGGGGCUGGAAAUCCCAGCACCAAACUUUCAGUCUCUCUUGCGUAUCCUUAUGCAAAUCAACCUCACCCCCACUUCCCAUGAAAUAAAUCUCAGCUGA